AUGGAUACUUUCGACCUUUACUCCACUACAUGUUACAGAACAGCAUUAGACAUUGAGCGCUGUGAUCUGAAUAUUAAGGGCAACCACAGCAAUCACCACACUGAUCUUUUUGGGCAGGAGUGCUUGGUUGUCAGAAGGGGGCAGCCCUUCAGCAUUGUUUUACACCUGUCAUCUAGCAGCAAAGAGUUCAAAGUGGGCAAAACAAACUUCGUGUUCGACGUUGAAACCGGUCCAUUACCAAGAAGAGAAUCUGACACCAAAGUUACCUUCAGUCCACAGGCAUCGGACACAGAGUGGAGCGCUUCAGCUGCUACUGAUGCCUCUGGAAGAACAGUAACUGUGUCCAUCAGUUCCUCUCCCAAAGCCCCCAUCGGGAUCUAUACUCUGACUUUAGACCAGUUGGGUCAGAAGACAAGCUUAGGACAGUUUACUCUGCUUUUCAAUGCCUGGUGUCCUGAUGAUGCAGUCUACAUGAAGAGUGAGGAAAAGAGGAAGGAGUACGUUCUAGCACAACACGGGCUGAUCUACAGAGGAUCACACAAAAGGAUUAAAGGGAAACCCUGGAACUUUGGGCAGUUUGAACCAGGAAUUCUGGAUAUCUGUCUGAAGAUUUUGGACAACAAUCCUAAAUUUGUGUCGGAUGCCGAUAAGGACGUUUCUUCCCGGAGAGAUCCCAUCUAUGUGACCAGGGCGCUUAGUGCUAUGAUCAACAGUAAUGACGACCGAGGCGUGUUGGUGGGAGAGUGGGCAGAGUUUUCAGAUGGCACCCAUCCUGGACUGUGGAUGGGCAGCGGGGAAAUCCUGCGGCAGUGGGCAGAGAGCGGUCCGGUCCACUACGGCCAGUGCUGGGUCUUUGCUGCUGUUGCAUGCACAGUGUUCCGCGCUCUGGGCAUUCCAUGUCGAGUGGUCACUAACUUCGGAUCAGCUCACGACACUAACGCGAACCUGGUGAUCGAACGCUUCUUCGAUGAAAAUGGAGACCGAAUUUCUAGAGACGAUUCAAUAUGGAACUUCCAUGUGUGGGUGGACAGCUGGAUGACUCGUCCAGACUUGGGGAGCAAGUUUGAUGGGUGGCAAACUAGUGACCCAACACCCCAGGAGACAAGUGAUGGAGUUUUCUGCUGUGGCCCAGCUUCACUGUGCGCCAUCAAAGAAGGAGAGGUGGGCCUGAAGUAUGACACGCCUUUCAUUUUUGCUGAGGUCAAUGCGGAUGUUGAGGACUUGGUGCAGCUGUCCACAGGACAGUUUGUGACGUUCAGUGAAUCCACUAAAUCUGUUGGCCAUUUUAUCAGCACUAAAGCUGUCGGCGCAAACGAAAGACAUGACAUCACGCACCAGUACAAAUAUCCAGAAGGCUCAAAAGAGGAGCGGGAGGUGUAUGAGAGGGCCCAGAAUCGCAACAUGCUGCUGAAGAGAAGAGAAAAGCCUGGGCUUUAUCUUAAGAUCAAACUGGCUGAAAACAUGAUUGUGGGCUCCAGCUUUGAGGUGUAUGCUCUCCUAACGAACAACUGCAUGGACACAAGGAACUGCAAACUCAUUUUCUAUGCCAGAGCGGUCAGCUACAAUGGAAAAAUUGGGGACCUUUGUGGAUUUUCAUCGGACAACCUGGAGGUGCCCUCUGGAGAAGAGAGACGUCUUUCUCUGAAACUGGAGUACCAGCGGUAUGAACCGGCGAUCACCUCUGACCUGCUGAUCCAGGUGUCGGCCAUCACCAUCGACAAGGAGACUGUCGAUUUCCAGAAGGCUGAAAAAACAAUUGUGCUGGACGAGCCAGACAUCGGGAUCAAGCUGGUGGGCGAAGCCAGAGUGAACCAGCCUGUGACCGUAGAGCUGACCUUGUUGAACCCUUUACCAGAGCCCCUGCUGAGCUGCAGCUUCGCCAUCGAUGGCAUCGGACUCACAGGCAGCAAACCCAUAAAAGCAACGGUUGGAUCUGUGGGAGCAAAUGAAGCAGCAAAGGCCAGCAUUGAGUUUAAACCCACUGUUGCUGGCUCCAGCGUCCUCCUGGUGAACUUUGACAGUGACAAACUGAAGAACAUCAAGAACUUCACUGAUGUUGUUGUGGAGAAAUGAUUUAAACCACAAUUCUUUGGCACAAUUAGUCUUUGUUAUAGUUUAAUAGAAAUGUGAAACUGCAAAGCACAGGAGUUUUACUAAAUAUUCAGAGAAUCCUUGGAUAAUUUCUCUCAUAGUUUUGUUGCUGCACCACAGCAUGUGCAAUUGAAAAUAAAAUUAUUGUUUCUUAA